AUGGAAGUAGUAGUUCACAUACCAAUUGAGAUCAUUCGCUGUAUGCUUUUGAAAUUGAAGGUAAAACCUCUCAUCCGAUGCCAAUCCGUAUGCAAAGAAUGGCGUUCCAUAAUACAAGACGACCCCGAUUUCAAGCUUUCUUACCGGGGACCAGGGCGAGUGGUGGCGGCGGCGGCAUGCGACCGCCGAUCAGCCGUUACAUACAUUACCAACACUCUCCACAUUAAAACCCUAUUCAAGGUCACUGCAAAUUCCUACUUCCUUAACACUACUACUAGGUUUCCCCCCUCAAAUCGUUGGUUUUCUAGUGUUUGGUGUUCUUGCAACGGGCUGGUGCUUUUCUCCGUGGGGAAACAUAUUCUGUUGUGGAAUCCCUCCACUCGCUGCUGCACAAAAGUGCUUGAGCUUCAACGCUUGUUCGUUUGGUGGCUUCAAGUUGUGGUCUCGGGGCUAUGCUUUGUCCCAUCCACCGGGGAUUACAAGGCCGUUGUGUGUUUCUCCUCUGAUACAACUACUGUUUUUGUUGCCAGCCUCAAGAACAAAGAUUGGCACGAAGUGUUAUUUCCUUACGACGCAGAGUCCAUUACAGACUGCGGAAUUAACUUUCACAACACACUACAUUGGAGGGUGAGUGAUUUGCAAACGGGGUGGAACAAGAUUGUUUGUUUUGACCCAGAGAGCGAUGAGUUCAAAGAGCUAUCCAUUCCUGGAGGAGGAGAAAGUAGUGUAAUUGUUGGAAUGGGAAUCAUUAAGGACCGUCUCUGUGUGGCUCUCGAACAGAAAGAAUUGAUACAAGUGCUGGUUAUGAAAGAAUAUGGAGUGGAGAAAUCAUGGGUCACUGAGUUUAACAUCUUUGCCACUAAUUUUGAAUCUGAAAAAUUCAGUUGGGGUCAUAUAAACUUAUACUCUCUCGAAUGCAAUACCAAAGUGCUUAUAUGCUGGAAGUGCUUAUAUGCAGCAGCUUGUCCAUUUGUUCAUGGGCAAUAUUAG